AUGGCACCUGUUCGCGGCGGCAGCGAGCAGCUGCGUUUCGUUCAUGCGCUCUGCGUGAUGCAAAUCCCUGGGCUGCCAUUCAAGGCCAGAAGCUUGCAGUUCCUGAGGCAGUUGCUCGCCCCCGAGCGCCGCAACACAUGCGUCGCCGCCGCGCGCCGCGUGUCGCCAGAGCUUAAGCAGUUGCAAGAAGCGCACCCCGGGCGGCUGGUGCUGACGCAUGUGGAUGUGGCCGACGAGUCAUCUAUUAGCGAUUGGGCCAAGGGGCUCGCGGAGCAGGGAACCAAGCUCGAUGUGGUGAUCAACAAUGCGGGCGUCUACGGCCCCAGGAGCCAGCAGCUGGACAGCAUGACGCGCGACAUCGUGCUGGACGUGUUCACGACUAACGCGCUGGGCCCGCUGCUGGUGGUGCAGCAGCUGCGGCGGCAGCGGGUGCUCAAGCGGCCGGCGCUGGUGGCCAAUGUCACCUCAAAGAUGGGCAGCGUCGAUGACAACACCAGCGGCGCCUGCUACGCGUACCGCGCCUCAAAGUCGGCCCUCAACAUCAUGACCAAGUCGAUGGCCAUCGACCUGGCGCCUGAGGGCGUCACGUGCGUGCUGCUGCACCCCGGUUAUGUCCGCACGCCCAUGACCGGGGGCGCGGGCCUCAUCGACGUGGACGCGUCUGUGGGUGGCAUGAUCUCCGUCCUGGAGACGCGGGAGCUGAGCGGUCGCUGGUACGCCUUCGACGGCAAGGAGAUCCCGUGGUGA